CCCUUUCUCAGGUGUGUUUUACGAAAGAGCUGGCAGCUAUGAAACAGCGGCGGCACAGUUCAUUGACUGAUCCUCAGUAGGAGCCGAUUCUGCUCAUCGCUAAUCAUUAACUUUGGCUGAGGAAGAUCACAGGCGAUCAUUCCAGAGUUGAGCAGAGCCAAGACCGACUGAGAGGAACAUCUUUCACUAUCAGUUCUGCCUGUGUUUUAAAAGUCUCAGAAAGUGAAAGUAAGAGAGAACAUGCAACCCUAUACCACUCUCCCUCUCCUGGCUGUGCUCAUCACUGUGGUAAAUGGAGGUGAAAUCCAGGUGGAGCUGAGGACUGAAAAGUCUGUGUCGUGUGACUGUCACAAAAACGCUACUCUUGAUUGUAUCAUCAUAUCAGAAGGCAGCGAUUUCAUGGUUUUUGGGCUAUACUGGGAGAAUAAGACUGGAGAACAACUCUGCAACUAUAAAACAUCCGAAGGAGUACACUCUGAUCCUCGCAUCCAGUGCCAUUAUACGCCUGGAAAACUGUCCCUCACCAUCUCCAAUCUAUCUGAAGCUGAUCGGGGACAGUACAGCUGCAAAUUGUUUACAAACUUCAAUCAUACAAAGGCUGACACCACCCUGCAUGUCUCAGACUGUCCUGUGGAGCCAGUAGAGUCCUUAAGGACAUCAUUCUCUGUCAGGACGGUGCCCAACCACGCCAGCCCUUUACAUACGAAAUGGACAUUCUUGGUGCUAACAGCAUUCAUACUCACCCUUUAAUACCAAGCAGCUUUCGGACAAUCUGGACUAGAGCAGAUUCCAGUGUGCUACUGAUUUUGAAUAAGAAACCUGAUUGUUGAUGUUUUUUUCCUAGCAUUUGUGCAUUUGUGUUCGAACUCAAUCCUUCACCAACCAAUCAGUGAAAUACACUCUCAAAAACAGAUUCAAGUGGAAGUGGGGAUCAAAUUGUGCAAUUUGUUGAAAUUAGGGCUUAUUGUUCUUUCUCUGGAAUCCAGGAGCACUGUGGGAAUGCAUAACAAACGAAUCUGCCCAAAAUGUGAACUCUGAUUUGUGCCAGAAUUAUCAAAAUGUUUGAUUUUUUGUAUUUUUCUGCUAUGAUGUAAACAUUUUUUUAUGUAAAUACACCUCAACACACACAUAUACACUUACCACUUUCCAGGACGUUACGUACAGAUUGAGCAUAUAUUUCAAAAAUAUGCACAUAUAUAUCCUAUACAUAUGUUUAACUAUCAUUUAACGGAAACACAUGCCAGAAACACAUACGGUAUGUAACAGUGUAUUGGCCUGCAAACACGUAUGUACAUACAUAUAUGUAAUAAGCAAAUUAAUGAAAAAAAAAUAUUAAAAUGCAUAUAUGUUAAAAUGUAUGAUACAUAACUCCGCUGUCCUUCACUGGAAUGCAUUACUGUUUUUAUUAUGUAUGUUUGUUUGUUUUUUUUACAUUAAUUGAUUUUUUUACGUGAUGUAAAAUCUUUUUGCACUAGCUUCCAUUCAAAGUUUUUCAAAAUCUUUUGAUUUCUUAUUUUGAUGUUUUUUAUAGAUGAGAUGUUAUUAAAUAAAUGUGUCAUUCAUA